AAAAGAAAUCGCUUUAAACACCAGAUGCUGUUGGUUUGUUAUUUCAUCAAAACUACAAAAUGUUCCAUCUCUCUCUCUCUCUCUUCUUUCUCCAACUUCGCUUAAUUAAAAUUAGGUUUUAGUUUUCUUCAUUUUUCUUUUAUUUUCUCUCACGCUUUCUCGUCUCUUGUCAUCGGAUUCUCGCCUUUUUCAGAAGCAUUAGAGUUUGAUUGAUAUGGAAAGUUGUGAGGAUGGUGGAGCACAUUCUGAACCUCCUGAUCCUGAUGUUCUUGAGGUGGAUCCAACUGGUCGAUAUAUAAGAUACAAAGAAGUGCUCGGAAAGGGUGCUUUCAAGACAGUCUAUAAGGCAUUCGAUGAAGUUAAUGGACUUGAAGUAGCAUGGAACCGAAUCCGGAUUGAUGAGGUGUUGCAAUCACCUGGAGACUUAGAGAGGCUUUACUCUGAAGUACAUCUCUUGAAAUUGUUGAAGCAUAGCAAUAUGGUUAAGUUUUAUAAUUCAUGGAUUGACGAUAAAAACAAGACUGUUAAUAUCAUAACCGAGUUGUUCUCCUCGGGUAACCUAAGACUGUAUCGACAAAAACACAGGAAUGUUGACCUAAAGGCUGUGAAGGGUUGGGCUAGACAGAUUCUGAUGGGUUUGAGCUAUCUUCAUAGUCACAAGCCUCCAAUUAUACAUAGGGAUCUCAAAUGUGAUAACAUAUUUAUCAAUGGUAACCAAGGGGAAGUAAAAAUUGGAGAUCUUGGUUUGGCAACUAUCAUGGAGCAGGCAAAUGCCAAAAGUGUAAUAGGAACCCCUGAGUUUAUGGCACCUGAGCUAUACGAUGAGGACUAUAAUGAGUUAGCUGAUAUAUAUUCCUUUGGUAUGUGCAUGCUGGAGAUGAUUACUUUCGAAUAUCCAUAUAGUGAAUGUAGGAACUCAGCGCAGAUAUAUAAGAAGGUUUCAUCUGGAAUAAAGCCUGCUUCCCUUUCUAAGGUAAAAGAUCCAGAAGUAAAAACUUUUAUUGAAAAGUGCUUAGUCCCAGCAUCUCAAAGGUUGUCUGCAAAGGAGCUUUUAAUGGACCCUUUUCUUGCAAUAAAUGGAUUAGCAAGGAACCGCCCUUUGCCACUUCCUGAUAUUGUUAUUCCCAGGACAUCAGCCUUUGGAGAUCGUUGUUUGAUGUCGGAAGGACCUGUCAAUACACGAAAUAGACCUCCCUCCAUGGAUUUGGAUUAUGAUCCUGAGAUGCCUAUGAUCACAUUAUUGAAUAAAGCUGUUGAUGGGCAUUUGCAUUCUCCAUACGUGGAGGUUCGAAGGGCGAAAAGAGGCAAUAUUUUCACGUUAAGAGGUGAAGAAAGCGAUGAAAACUCUGUAUCAAUAAUACUUAGAAUAAAUGAUAAAAAGGGUUCCCGGGUUAGGAACAUUCAUUUCCUUUUCUACCUUGAAGGUGAUACAGCUCUCGCAGUUUCAAGUGAAAUGGUUGAGCAGUUGGAGCUAGAUGAUCAUAACAUCACAUUCAUAGCAGAGCUAAUUGAUAUGUUGUUGUUGAAGAUAAUACCUAAUUGGAAACCAUGUGUUCGCCUUGAGCAUUUGGUUCCUCGAAAUAGGGAGAAUGUUCUAGGCUCUGUUUCAAGGACUUCAAGUUGUCUUGACACUUGUUCUCUGGGAGAAAUAGAGGGAAUUUCUAGUUCUAUGAAAUUGCAUGAGAUGCUAUCUCAUGUUGAUGAGUUUGUUAACCACAGCACAACAGGAGCCGAUGAUCGGUGUUCUGAGAUAUCAUACGUUUCUGCAGCUUCUAGUGAGUGGAAUGAUAAAAUGUUAUUUUACAAUUCAAACUUCUCACUAGACUCUGCACUUACAGACUUUGACGGGCAUGGAUUAAAAGGUGUAAUGGGGGAGGUGUUUCCCAGAACAACAAGUCCAUCAGUUGAUGAUAAUAGCAAAUUGAUGGACAUGAACAGUAGCAGCCACAUGGAGAUCUCUCCUAGUUAUCCGACAAGUAUGCCAUUUUUACCUAAGAAUGAUGAUGAACUUUUGAGAAGGGAGCUGGAGAAGAUAGAGUUGCAAUAUCAGGAGGCAAUUAAAGAGAUAUCAAAGAGAAGACAUGAAGCUAUCCUAGAGACAACAAGGAGGUCAUCACAUAAAAAUGUAUAGUUAGUCCACUAGUCUUCGCUUGCUUGUUUGUUAUAUUUUUCCAGAAACUCCUGCAUCGAUCUACCAGUGCUUCUGUUUCUCUUUUAUGAUAUUGUUGAUAGUGUAAAUAUAAUUUAUUUUGAGAGAAAUAUGAAGUGUAAGUGGGAUAUGUAUUUUCUUUUUUUUUUUUUUUUUUUUUUUUUUUCUGUUUUACAUGCUUGG